CAUGUGGUUGGUUUAGGGUCACACUACACCACAGUUUACUCCAGUAAUAACUAAAGAACACUACAUCAUUUAAAUUUUAUCUGUUUAUUAAAUUUAUACCAGUUUUGAGCAUUCAUUAACAAAGUGUUGAAAACACUAUGAUCCACUUUACUGUAGAAUGGUUAAAAAACUAUAGUACUUACUAAAAAUGACUAUGUUAUUUUUUUCUUGUGGGUGGUUUGGGUUUCUAGGUCACUCCUGAAGGACGCAGGUAGGUAAACAGUAACUCUCCUCCUCAAACUGAAUGUUGGUAGAUGACGUCACCGCGCACCGUGUGAAAGUGAAUGACUGACACCGCGUUAAAAGUGCUGAAGCUCUCUCUCUCUUCCUCCAGCAGUCGAAAACUGCUGUUCACCUCGGGGAGAGUCGAGUUUACCUGCGCUAAAACGGAAUCACGACGACUGAGACUGCACUGUCAAGAUUUCCGAUUAAAGUAAAGCGCGGUGGUUCGCAGCUUACCUUGGGGAAACGUGCUCGUUUGUUUUUAUUGAGCAGAAUGAAACCGUCCAAAAGUGCCCUGGGACUGCUAGACUUGAGUUUUCUGUCUGCCGAGGAAGAGGCGGCCAUCCGUCAGGUGCUGCUAAGAGAUGAAGACUUAAAACGACUAGAGAGUGGACGAGUCAGGAAACUGAGGCAGUCUGUUCCUGACCUUCAACAGCUGAAGAAUUUGACAGGCGAGUGGUUUGAGGAGCUCAGGAUCAAGCGAUACGGCCAGCAGACAGACGUCACAGCGGUGGUGAGGACCUCUAUGAGAUGGAAGAAAACAGCAGUUCAUAAACCCAACCCUUUCCUGAAUGAUAAACUGGACGAGAACAAAGAGCAUGAUAAGGAUGAGCACAACACUCGUCCAAAUGCAUCAGCUGACCCUAGAUUAAUCCAUCCAGCCCUGAGUAAAGAGACUUAUCAUCAACACACUCAUAAGGACUUCAUCGGUGAUGUUGAGACUCCCUCUGCUCCAAGUGUGUCUAACAAAAAAGAAAAACUACGAGCAGAAACUGAUGCCAACCCUUUCCUCAAUGGCACAGACCCAGGACACAAGUCUACAAAAACACAACCUAAAGAGCUCUCUGGUGGCCAAACAACAACUGUUUUCCCCUUCUCAAGUCCAGUUCAAGACACUAAACCAGAAAGAAGCACCACAAAAAAUCCAGAGCCACGACGAAAAGUUUCCCUCCCUCCAGCACUACAGAGAGACCAAUCAUUUGAAGAGAACUGGGUGAAGAUCUCCCUGGAACCAAACACUGUAAAGCCUGUACAUGAUGAAAACAAUAGCUCUGGAAUUAAACUAAAAGAGGUAAAACCACACAUUAAAAACAUUCAGGACACAUCAAGUCCAGAAACAUCUCACACUGAGUCUAAAAAUGUUUUACUAAAAAGUGGUUCACCAAUGAAAGAGUUUCACUUUCAACCACAGACUUCCUUAGCCUUCACUAGUCAUGGGCCAGAAUUGACUACACACUCCGCUCACGGCGAUUCAAAGGAAGUUAACAAAUUUUCUAAUGCUUUCCAAAAUAGCACAAGCACAGAUCAGCAGUGUUUAGCUGAAUUGACUUUCAGAGAGUCUGAGAGCGAUAAAGCAGGUCCUUUAGACUCUGCUAAUGUGCGUGAUAAGGGAAGUUUGGCCUCCAGAGAUAUUGUUAAUGAUGAGGCAAGUUCAGACAGGAAGGGAGGUGAAGGGAAAAAUGUAAGCAUUGGUUUUCUUGUUGAGACAGAUAUGGAUCAAGCAGUAGAGCAUUUGACUGGUGAGGAAGAAAUCAAUAAGCAUUUCUCUGCUGAAGAAGAGUCCCAGAGUCCGUCAUUAAAAUGGGGGAUUGAAAUGGAUUCUCAUGAAUUUCCACAGGUAAAAGAUGCUUCCAGUGAUUUUGGUGAUGACGUCCAGGUCCAGAUUGAAAAGAAGAAUGAAAAUGAGCUGCUUUAUCAGACAACUGGUGUGAAAUUAUGUGACAAAACUGUACAAAGUGAUCUUGAUUCCUGUGAAGAUAAAGUAAAAUUAAGGUCAUAUAAUAAUCAGACAUUAUCAGAAAUAAGCCAAGACAUUUUUUCAAUGACAGAUGAUGGGAAGUUAGUGCACAUCAGAGAAGAUAAACACAUGGACAAAUCUGUCCCUGAACCAAUUAAACCAGCUCAUCCCAGUGACGAUGUUGCUGGAUUUGGUCAAGAUUCUUCAGAAAUUAAAGUUGAUGUGGACAGUGCUGAAACAAAGUCAGAUGUUCUACUAAAUGUUCUUGCAAGAGCUCAAAAAACAAGACCACCUGUCCUGCAGAACAUCACCAAUCAGGAGCCAAACCUGGAGGGUACAGAUGAUACGGUUCCCAGUAUAGUCAUUGUGCCAUCUGAAUCUCCAGAUCCAGCAGAAAUGAAAGGAAACAAACGUGGGGCAUUAGUUCUGGAGGCUUUACUUCAGAGUUCCACUGCGAAAAAUCCUUCAUACAUUGCAGAUGCUUGGGAGGAUGAAGGAGUCAAUUCAGAUGAUGAUGAUACCUCACUGUCCAGUUAUGGGUCAGAUCUGUCUAGCAGAAAAGGCUUUUCAGCUAGCGCUCUGUCUCUUACUGAUCGCACUGGGAGUUUGCUGAGUGUGUACAGUGACGCUGGGGAUUUUGGGACUGUGGAGGUGCAGGGCUCUGUAGAGUUCGCAGUGAUGUACAGCCCUGUUGGAGAGCUCAUCAUCAUGAUUGAACAGUGUCAGGAUCUCGCUAUUGCUAAUCCUCGUAAGCAACGUACUGACCCUUAUGUCAAGACAUAUCUCUACCCAGACAAGUCUCGCCGCAGCAAAAGGAAAACCACCAUUAAAAAGCGGACUGUGAAUCCUGUUUUUGUGGAAUCUCUGAGGUACAAAGUGAACCGUGAAGAGCUGCCGGAAAAGUCUCUGAACCUCUCUGUGUGGCACAAUGAUUCCAGGGGCCGAAAUGUGUUUCUGGGUCAGGUUGAGCUCAGUUUUAGGACCUGGGACUGGGGUCAUGAAGCCCUUACCUGGUACAACCUACAGCCAAAGACAUCGGAAAAUGCAGAAACGAAAGAGUCUAAUGGAUUGCUGUCAGUUUCACUAAAAUAUGUUCCAUCAGCAUCCACUGGUGGGUCGAAGAGCAGCACCGGGGAGAUUCAUGUUUGGCUGCGUGAGGCAAAAGAAUUGCGUCGCUUGAAGCCUCAGGGAGUCGAUUCCUUUGUUAAAUGCUACAUUUUACCAGACACCAGAAAGAAAAGUCGCCAGAAGACUCGUGUUGUGAAAAAGACCCAGGACCCAGUGUAUAACCAUGCCAUGGUGUACGACGGCUUCAAAACUGGAGAAGUCACUGAAGCCUGCUGUGAAUUGACUGUUUGGGAUCACAACACACUCGCCAAUCAGUUUCUGGGAGGUGUGCGCCUCAGUCUCGGAACAGGGCAGAGCUAUGGCAAGAAAGUGGACUGGAUGGACUCGGUGGAUGAGGAAGUUCAGAUAUGGAAAAGAAUGUUGGCCAGCCCGAACAGCUGGGUUGAGGGAGAGCUUCCCCUGAGGUCCGCCAUGACCCCGAGGAAAUCAACCUCCUAAAGUUCAUCCGUGGUCUUCAAUGUUUAGUUGUGAGAGAAAAACACACACGGGUGGUUUCCCAGAACAAACCAAACUCUUUUUUUUCCAUUACCAAGCCAGUUUCUUCACUUCAAUCCUUCAGUUUCAAGAGAAAUAAAACAAAUGCUGCAAAAUACUGUACACAUGUGAUUAUGUGAAUGAGAAUAUGUAAUACUUAAUCAAAUUAUUUCAUCUUAAAAUUUGAUAUAUAUUUAAUAAAAUUGGAUUAUUGUGAUUUGUUUCAAAUAAAAAAAUGACAACGUUUGCAUUCCUAAA